GCAUUCAACAAACGUGUAUAAUGUUGCUUAACGCACGAAGCGUAUAUUGACCACAUCUAGAGUCCGUGCUUUACGAAAUAUGAUAUUAUUUAAGUUAUCGGUUCAGUGAUUUAUAUUGAUUAUUUCUAUACUUAUCGACAUUUACCACAAGGCAAAACGAUUGCUCUGUUCGUGUACUGUAAUCGGGUUAAAUGUACCACGUAAGUGAUAUUUAUUUAAAGCAUUGGUCUGAUAUUAAGUGUAUUAUAAAUACACCGGAUAUCAGUAAACCUGUGAACCUGUGAAAGCAUAUUUAUUUUCUCAGCCAUCGGAUAACAUGAUAGUUUUAUUGUUUUUAAGUUGAUUCUUUAAAUAUGAUGAAAUAGUCAUUAUCAAAGUAGAGUAAUAUCUGGCUUAUAAAGACUAUAUGUCGAGGAAGUUUCCACUGCUUUCGAUUUGAAAAGGAAAGUAGUGUCGCAAAUUUUUGUCAUUUAAACUGUAUAACUGGGUGGAUAAAAUGACGUUGAACAAAUCAUUCUCAAUGAGUUUAACAAAUGGCAACCGUAAACGUGUAAAUAAAACUGAACAAUAACAGAACAGGUACAGGCAUAUACAGUAAUCAUUUAUAUAUAAGAUUAAAAGGUCGUUUAAGGAAGUAAAAAUAAACAGAUAAGCCUAACCGACGUCAGCAUGUGGAUUGAGUAAUAUCAAACCUUUAAUACAACAUUCAAGUUUACGCACUGUUCGGGUUGUUAAAUACGGACUGAAAUCCGCCGAUAUUAAGUUUUAGAAUAUGAGUGAACAUCUUAUUGUGGUUGCGAUCGACUUUGGUACGACGUACAGUGGGUACGCGUUUCAGUUCCGGCAUGAAUACAAAGACGAGGACCCUACGACUAUUUGCGCCCCUCAGUCAUGGAGCGACGGCAAGGGGAGGGUUUCUUCUAUGAAAACACCAACCUGUCUACUACUAGAUAACGAUGGCAACAUCGACAGCUUCGGGUUUGAGGCAGAAAGAAAGUACAGCGAGAUAUGUGAAGAUCAUGAGGAAAAUAACUGGUUCUACUUCCGGAGAUUUAAAAUGAGGCUACACAAUGCGCAGGACAUGUCUCUGCGUACUUUGAUAAAAGGCGAAAACAAACGCGAACUUCCGGCACUGGAAAUUUUCUCCAAGUCAAUACAGUGUCUCAAACAGAAACUCAUCGAAGACCUGAACAGAAAAGCAGAACUGCUUAAGCCCGAGGAUAUUUUCUACGUCCUUACCGUGCCGGCAAUAUGGAAUGACAACGCAAAAACAUUCAUGCGACAGGCUGCUGUUAAGGCCGGGAUCCAGUCCAGCCAGCUGGCGGUGUCGCUGGAGCCCGAGUGUGCGUCCCUAUACAGCCAGUACCUUCCACUGACUCGCUUCAGCAGUAAGGACGGCGCCGUGCAGUGUAGCAUAACAAGGCCGGGCACCGUCUACAUGAUCGUGGACCUCGGGGGUGGAACUGCGGACAUCACCGUACACGAGAAGCUGGAAGGCGGGCGUCUGCGAGAGGUGCACCAAGCCACGGGCGGCCCUUGGGGUGGUGCGAUGGUGGAUGCAAAAUUCAUAGCUAUGAUGGGCAAUAUCGUAAAUGCGCUCGUAUUUUCGGAAUUCAUGAAUAAUAAUUCCGGCGACUACCUGGAUAUGAUGAGAGACUUCGAGACUCUGAAGAGGAAGGUAUGCAUGGCGCUGGACAUGCCCCUCACCUUGAAAAUCCCGGUGACCUUGAAUGAAAUGUGCCGGAACAUGCGUAACCAGUCGUUCCGAGAGUGUUGUGAACAAAGUACUGAGGCGGGACAUGUAACGUCAAAAAUGGACAAACUUAAGAUAAGCGCGGACAGAGCGAAACAAUUGUUCCAGGACGUUGCCGACAAGCUGGUUCCCACGCUGGACGAGUGCAUCAAGACGGUGGGGAGCCGGAAGUCGGACACCUCCAAGAUCUCGCUCAUCCUCAUGGUUGGGGGCUUCUCAGAGUCCAAGUACAUGCAGGAGGUCGUCCAGCAAAGGUAUGACGGCCGGGACGGCCUCCGCGUGCUGAUACCGGAAGAGGCAGGGCUUUCCGUGCUGAAAGGGGCCGUCAUAUUUGGUCGCAAACCAGAAAGUAUCACAUCUAGAGUUUUGCGUUACACAUACGGGGCGGAGGUGACGCCGCCAUUCGAUCCGAAAAUUCACGACGAAAUCAAGCGCACCAAGGACGGAAAGCGCUGCAAUAACGUCUUCAAGCCGUUCAUGGAGCGCGGUAAAGAAAUGCAGCAAGGCCACAAACUGGAAACCAUCUACCACACUACCGCUCCGCACCAGAAAACGAUCAAACUGAGGAUAUUCGCGGCGGAAAAGGAAGUCAAGUAUACUACGGACGAAGGCUGUACUUUCGUUGGGACUAUGACCAUGACGUUAAACACACCGCGCGCGGAAUUGCAGGACCUUGCAGUGACUUACAUUUUUGGCGGGACGGAAAUCAAGGUGAUUGGUGAGGAAGUGCUCACAAAAUACCAGUGCGAGACGGUGAUCGCGAUGAACGAGUGAGGGUUGGGGUUUUGUCGUUACCAUGGUUACCUUAUGGACUAGAUAACGUCAGAACUCAACUUAUCUGCAUGGCGUGUCAUUCUUUUGAUUUAAAACUCAACCCAACCAGAAUUUUAAUAUGGAAUAAUCUUACUUGUGCGGAUAAGCUAUUGCUAAUUCGAGUGUAUUUAUUUACGGACAAGACAGGUUGAUGGUGAUGCAAAUCCUAGCACCAAUUUAGGAAAGUAGUUGCCCUUGAUAACAUAGUUUCUACUAUUAUCGCACUCUGCGCAUUAAUGUGUCGUUGUUUUGUAUAGGAGAUAUCCUUUUCUUACAUAAUCAACGGGUUUGUUUGUGUGUGCGUUAUUUAGUUAAAUCUUGUAUGUAUCUGCUCGAUAGUUUAGUUGGAAUUUUAUCACACGGUAUUAUUGUCUGGACAUAUUUAAUUGUUUCGUUUAUAUGUGUCCGAAUAUUUUUCCGCUGUGAGCGGUAUAUUGUUGUUUUUUAACACGUAUGUUUGUAUUUGAUUACAUAGAAAAUAUAUUCAUGAUGAAAAUAUGCCGAUAAACCCUGUAUACAUAAUG